AUGGAGUCUGGCAUGGAGGAGAUCCCAGUUAAAGUUGCAGUUCGAAUCAGACCUCUGCUUUCCAAAGAAAUACUUCAUAACCACCAAGUGUGUGUGAGAUUAGUCCCAAAUACACAACAAAUUAUCAUUGGCAAAGACCAUGUCUUCACUUUUGAUUUUGUAUUUGGCAAAAACUCAACCCAAGAAGAAGUUUAUACUGUUUGCAUUAAGCCUCUUCUAGUGUCUUUGACAGAGGGAUACAAUGCCACAGUGUUUGCAUAUGGACAGACAGGUUCUGGGAAGACUUACACCAUCGGAGGUGGCCACAUUGCAUCAGUUGCAGAGGAUGAAAAGGGCAUAAUCCCACGUGCUAUUCAGGAAUUAUUCCAGCAUAUUUCUGAAAACUGUAACAUUGAAUUCCAUGUGAAAGUGUCUUACAUAGAGCUUUACAAGGAAGAACUUAGAGAUUUAUUGGAGUUGAAGACCUCUGUGAAGGAAUUACAUAUCCGAGAAGAUGAAAAGGGUAAUACAGUGAUUGUCGGAGCUAAGGAAUUCCAAGUAGAAUGUGCAGAUGAAGUGAUAAGCCUGUUGGAAAGUGGCAAUGCAGCUCGUCACACAGGCACAACACAAAUGAAUGAGUACUCUAGUCGAUCUCAUGCCAUUUUUACGAUCAGUAUUUGUCAGAAACAAUCUGCAGAAUCUCAAAAAAAUACUGAUGCUGCACAGGAUUCAUCUUGGAAAUCAGUCCAGGUGAUUGCUUCAAAGUUUCAUUUCGUGGAUUUGGCAGGAUCAGAGAGGGUGACAAAGACUGGAAAUACUGGCGAGCGCUUCAAAGAAUCGAUUCAGAUCAACAGUGGUCUGUUUGCCUUGGGAAAUGUCAUCAGUGCCCUUGGAGACCCAAAAAGGAAAAGUGUACAUAUUCCAUACAGAGAUGCUAAAAUCACUCGUAUUCUGAAAGACUCCCUUGGCGGAAACGCCAAGACUGUCAUGAUAACGUGCAUCAGUCCAUCCUCAUCAGACUUUGAUGAAUCUUUAAAUUCCCUCAAGUAUGCCAACAGAGCAAAAAACAUUAGAAAUAAACCAGCUGUAAAUUACAACCCUGAUCAAGACCGGAUUGAUGAAAUGGAACUCGAAAUCAGAUUGCUUCGAGAAGCCUUGCAGAACCAGCAGGUCAGUAAUCAGUGUUCACACGACUUAAAUCAAGACAGAACUCGUAUCAAUUCACUUGAGGAGCAGCUCACCCGUCUUCAGGUUCAAUGUUUCAGUUACAGAAAUUGUGUAGAUGAAGCCUUCCCAUUUCUGGUUGAUUUGCAUGAGGAUGUUAGCUUAAAAAGAAGUCAGCGGGACAGGCUGCAGAGCUGGAUCACUAUGGUUCAGGAAGUAAGGAAGGAAGCUGUCACCAUGCAGGAAACUGACACAGGGACAGGGACCAGCCAAGAGCCACAUCACAUUACGAUUCUUCAGCUGAAGAGGGAACUAAAGAAAUGCCAGAGAUGCAAGAGGAUUCUGCGAUCUAAGAUCCCACAAAUGGGCAUUCAGAAGGUGUCUUGCUGUGAGGUCACACAGAUGGAUGCUAAACUACAGACCGAAUCCCCAGCUGUAAUAGUUGCUCCUGUGGUCAACGAGGAAGAGUGGAAGCAGAGGCCAACUCAGUAA